AUUUAACAGCUCCUGGGUUUCGGGGCCGGGAAUGGGGACACAGUUGGCGUGGGUGAAAGGGAACUGACCGAAUUCAGGAAAGGAGGGCAAGAGACCUGUAAAAUCAGGCAAGGUUUUCCAGCCUUUCCCCCACUCCCCACCCUCCACACCCCUCUUCCUCUGGAGGAACCUCAUCUGUUCAGCUUGGACCCUUUCUGGGAGCUAGUGAGGCUCUGUAAUUGCUGCCUUUUCUCUGUGGGCUGGAGUGCAGAUAUUCAAACAUACACGCCCCCUGUUCUCAUCCCCUUAUCCUUUUGGCUUUAGAUGAUGUCUGUUACAGAUCAGGCAUUUGUGACACUCGCUACCAAUGAUGUUUACUGCCAGGGAGCUCUUGUUCUUGGACAAUCCUUGAAAAAUAACAGGAUAACUAGAAAACUGGUGAUACUGAUUACAUCUCAAGUCUCCAAUCUAUUGAGGGAUGUUCUCUACAAAGUUUUUGAUGAAGUAAUUGAGGUGAAUUUGGAAGACAGUGCUGACUAUGUCAACUUAGCUUUGCUGAAGAGACCAGAACUUGGUAUAACCUUCACUAAACUUCACUGUUGGACUCUUACUCAUUAUAGCAAAUGUAUCUUUAUGGAUGCUGAUACAUUGGUGCUGUGCAAUAUUGAUGAGCUAUUUGACCGUGAAGAGCUCUCUGCAGCCCCUGACUCUGGAUGGCCAGAUUGUUUCAACAGUGGAGUAUUUGUUUUCCGACCAUCUCUAAAAACCCAUAGCCUCCUGAUGCAGCAUGCAGUGGAACAUGGAAGUUUUGAUGGGGCUGAUCAAGGAUUAUUGAAUAGUUUCUUCAGUAGCUGGGCAACUUCUGAUAUUCACAAACAUUUGCCAUUUCUCUAUAAUUUGAGCAGUAGCCUCGUCUAUACAUAUAGACCGGCUUUCAAUAAAUUUGGCUCGGAUGCAAAAGUGGUCCAUUUUUUGGGGCCAUCAAAGCCUUGGCACUACAAAUAUAACCGUCAGACUGGCUCAGUGAUUUCGGAGAGCUUAACUUCAGAAUCUUGGCAUCAUGUCUCAUUUCUUGAUCUCUGGUGGAAAAUAUAUGAUGAGAGCAUUGUGCCUUUUUUCGAUAAACUCCAGCACGUAGCAGAGCUCGAAUCUCAAGAACAAACAAUUUCUGUUCGUGGUGCUGGUGCAUGGGAAAGUUUAAAUCCAAGCCAAGGUGAUAGCCAGUAUUUCCCUUUUCAGGAGUUCCCCCAAAAAACUCAUCCUAUUCUGACACCAGAAGAGAACAAUCAGCCAGUCCAUAAAGAUGAACACAAUUCUCCUGAGUGUUUCCAGUUCACCAGUGACCCUGUUUCUCUACACAGUUUGGAGCAACCAGUCCAUAAAGAGGAACCCAAUUCUCGUGAGUGCUUCCGGGAACCCCAAAAUGAACCAUCUUCACAGUUUACCAGUGACCCUGUUUCUCUACACAGUUUGGAGGUUGAUUUGGCCUUUUCUGUAACAGAGCUUUCCAUUCAACAGAAAGUCAAGGAACCCAGUGCAGAAGAGGAAAGGAGGAAAUGGGAAGAAGGGCGUGUGGACUACAUGGGAAAAGAUGCUUUUGCACGUAUUCAGGAAAAACUGGAUAGAUUUUUACAGUAGUCUUAUUAGCCAUUGAUGUAUUCUAGUGGAAAUGCCAUUGUCAUUAUGCUCAUGCUUCUGUGAAAUGACAAAAAGUCUCUUCCAACCUUUAUUAAUAUGGAAGGCCUUUUAAAUUAUGUGCCUCUAUUUAUUUUCAGCUAACUUCAGUGCCUAAAUACAAGUAGUGCAGAAAAUUCAAGUCUAUCUUGAAAUGCCUAGUUGACCCAAGAUAAACAACUUCUAGUUUUUGCUAUUAGAUCUGUACCUCACUUAAUCUUGCCAGCAAAUGAUUUGGAAUAAACAUAGACUUUUUGGUAAA